UUGGCGCCUUUUUCUGUUUGCAACAAGCAAUUUUCCGCCUCUUGUGAAAUAUAAGCAAUCAACAUGUUGAAAAAUAAAUCUAUGAAAACAUCAAAGUUAUAUGUUAUCAAAAGAGAUGGCAGGCGGGAGGAAGUACAUUUUGAUAAAAUAACCUCAAGAAUCCAAAAGCUUUGCUACAACUUGAACAUGGAUUUCGUUGAUCCUGUUUCUAUUACCUUGCAAGUUAUUAAUGGUUUAUAUUGCGGUGUGACUACGCAAGAAUUGGACAACUUGGCUGCUGAAAUCGCGGCCGGAUUAACAUGCAAUCACGCCGAUUAUGCCAUUUUAGCUGCACGGAUUGCAGUUUCUAAUUUGCACAAGGAAACUAAGAAAGUUUUUUCCGAUGUAUUUGAGGAUCUGUACAACCAUGUAAACAAAGAAACGAAUCAAAAAGUGCCCUUGGUAUCAGAAUUCCAUUACAAUGUGGUAAAAAAGAAUGCCACUCGCCUAAACUCCUCUAUAAUCUAUGAUCGCGACUUUGGAUAUAACUAUUUUGGUUUUAAGACCCUCGAACGAUCAUAUUUGCUUAAGAGGAACGGAAAGAUCGCUGAGCGCCCACAACAUAUGUUGAUGCGCGUGGCAAUUGGAAUCCACGGAGAGGAUAUCGAUGCUGCUGUGGAAACCUACAAUCUUUUGUCCGAGCGAUUCUUUACUCAUGCCUCGCCAACUCUUUUUGCCGCUGCCACAAAUCGCCCACAGUUGUCUUCGUGUUUCCUCUUGACCAUGACGGCCGACUCGAUCGAGGGCAUUUUCAAAUCCGUGGAGCAGUGCGCCAUGAUUUCAAAAUCGGCAGGUGGUAUUGGACUGAAUGUGCAUUGCAUUCGGGCAAAGGGCACCUCGAUUUGCGGCACCAAUGGCACCUCCAAUGGUCUGGUUCCCAUGCUGAGGGUCUUUAACAACGUUGCACGGUAUGUGGAUCAGGGAGGCGGCAAGCGUCCUGGCGCCUUUGCUAUUUACCUGGAGCCAUGGCAUUCGGAUGUCUUCGAGUUCCUCGAGCUCAAGAAAAACACCGGAAAGGAAGAGAAUCGUGCACGCGACUUAUUCUACGCCUUGUGGAUACCCGAUCUCUUCAUGAAACGUGUAGAGGCCAACGAGGAUUGGUCCCUCAUGUGUCCUCAUAAAUGCCCCGGCCUUCACGAUGUUUGGGGCGACGAAUUUGAAAAGCUGUACUUGAAGUACGAGCAAGAGGGUCGUGCCAACCGAGUAGUUAAGGCUCAGUCCUUGUGGUUCGCGAUUAUUGAGGCGCAGGUGGAAACGGGAAAUCCUUAUAUGCUCUUUAAAGAUGCCUGCAACCGGAAGAGCAACCAGCAGAAUGUUGGCACUAUCAAGUGCAGCAACCUUUGCACAGAAAUCGUAGAGUACUCUGCGCCAGAUGAGAUUGCAGUAUGCAACUUGGCAUCCAUCGCCCUUAACAUGUUCGUCACACCCGAGAAGACGUACGAUUUCAAGAAACUAAAAGAAGUUACCAAGACGGUCACCAAAAAUCUUAACAAGAUAAUCGAUAUAAACUAUUAUCCCCUGCCGGAGGCAAAGAAAUCCAAUUUGAGACAUCGCCCCGUGGGCAUCGGAGUUCAGGGUUUCGCUGACGCCUUGAUUCUCAUGCGAUUCCCCUAUGAAAGUGAAGAAGCUGGUCUUUUGAAUCAGCAGAUAUUUGAAACUAUUUACUACGGCGCUUUGGAGGCCAGUUGUGAGCUGGCUGAGAUUGAUGGUCCAUACGAAACCUAUGAAGGGAGCCCCGUAAGUAAGGGUAUUCUGCAGUACGACAUGUGGGACAAAACGCCAACGAACCUGUGGGACUGGCAGAAACUGAAGGAGUCGAUCAAGAAGCACGGUGUCAGGAACUCCCUGCUUGUGGCUCCUAUGCCCACUGCAUCUACUGCCCAGAUUAUGGGCAACAACGAAUCUUUCGAGCCGUAUACGACUAAUAUUUACACUAGACGAGUUCUGUCCGGCGAAUUUCAAGUGGUCAACCAUCACUUGUUGAGGGACCUGACUGAAUUGGACUUGUGGGACGAUGAUAUGAAGAACCAAAUAAUUUCCAGCAGGGGCUCCAUUCAAAACAUCGAAGCCAUCCCGCAGAAGGUCCGAGAUCUUUACAAAACCGUGUGGGAAAUCUCUGUGAAGUCUACUAUUAAAAUGGCCGCUGAUCGAGGUGCUUUCAUCGAUCAAAGCCAGUCCUUCAACAUUCAUGUGGCAGAGCCAAACUACGGAAAGCUUACGUCCAUACACUUUUACUCCUGGAAAGCUGGGCUUAAAACCGGAAUGUACUAUCUGCGCACAAAGCCGGCAGCAAACGCCAUUCAGUUCACCGUGGACAAGAAACAGGGGGCAGUGAAGAUGAAUGGUCACAAUGGAGCCGCUGAGGAAAGUCCCCAAAAAUACGAAUCGGACAGAGAGCAAAAAAUGGCCGAUAUGGUUUGUUCGUUAGAAAAUAAGGAUGCCUGCAUUUCCUGCGGCUCGUAAAAGCAUGCACAUAAGUUAACAUUUAUUUAAUUGUAUUAUGUAAUCACAACUUUGAAAUAAACAUAAAUUAUGGAUCUGAA